CUCGUCAAUGACAAUAAGAGAAGGAACAGCCUUGGUAAUAAUAACAAGAGCAAGAUAAGAGCUUGGAUAGAUUGAGUGAGAGAUGGUUUUUUCGCCUACAUUAUAACCUCAAUCUCGAGACCGUCUUGCGACCGUGGCAACAGGAGGGCGCCGAGCUACUGAGCUAUAUGCUCAACAGAUCUCUACGAGGCGCAGUUCUGGCUGAUGGAAUGGGACUGAGCAAGACCUUGACCAGCAUCAAUGUCGCCUUAUGCGACCCAAACGAGCCGUACGAAGGGCUCGUUCUAGUCGUAGCGCUUUGUCGUGCGACGAAGCCCAGAGGUAUAAGAGAACACUUUAUCACCCACUUUGUAAAGAAGCUAGAGGCUAUGUCUGUGAGUUCCUGCGCUAAGGUAUGGAUCCUUCAUAUACCCUCAGCGGGUCUCAUCCGUCAACCAACUAUCACUGGAUGAAAACAUCCACCCAUCCCCGAUAGUCUAGUGGUGAGGAUAUCUGCUUGUCAUUACAACUCAGUGAUGUUCGCAGGGGACCGGGGUUCAAUUCCCCGUCGAGGAGUUAACUUUUGCCCCGGCCCAUCAUUCUAUGAACUAUCGUGAAAAAAGGGUGGCAUUUGUGAAGUUUUUGUCAUGGUUAUGAGUCGUGAGAGUGAGUAUCGCA